AUGAGCACAUCCGAAUUGCCAGUGGCUGGUUAUUCCGUAUCCCCAGGAGGUUUAUCGAGCACCAGCGCUUCUUUCAUUGAUGAGCUCGCGCUCGACCCUCGGUUCCAAGAAUUGCAAACCACUCUAAGGACUUAUUUAAUUGAUGAAGUUCGAAGUGCCGAGAACACACGACAGCAAUCCCCAGACGUUGCCAUUGAAAGCUCCGAGGAUGUACAGGGCCAUGAGUUGUUUAUGCAGCAUAUGCUUAAAUCUCAAGACCGAAUACCUCUUAUGAAAAAGGUGAAAUAUCUUACCGUCUGGAUCUCCGAGUGCGCUCCGUGGCUUGAUAUGUUUGAUCAAGAGCGGCACUUUGGCAUUCAAGUCCCUUUGCUAGCUCAAAGAUCUCCUGCUGUAUUCUUUGCGUUAUUGGCACUGGCAGCAAGGCAGGUCGAACGCAAGAGUAGCUCCAAGGUAUCAAUACACGACAGCCUCGAAUUAUACUCUCUAGCGAUAGAGUCACUGGCGACCUCAAUCAAUGCAACUGAUCCUGAGGCCCUUGUCACUGCAUGCAUUCUCUGCGUCCUGGAGAUGAUGAGUGUUAGUCCACGGGACUGGCGACGGCAUCUAGAAGGCUGUGCAGGGCUCUUCCAACACCUUGGUGUCAAUGGAUUUUCCGGUGGCGUAUGGCAGGCAGUCUUCUGGUGUUACGCCAGAAUGGAUGUAUGUGCAGCCAUCAUAGCUGACGGGGCUGAGAGUACCACAUUACCUUUACAGAAGUGGGUCUCUUUGGACGCAAUGACCACGCCAGAUGUUGACCAGCAAGUGCAUAUAAAUCAUGCAUUUCUUGAAAAGGGUAUCGAGACUUCAGAUAUGUAUGCCAACUAUGCUGUGUACUUGUGUGCCAGAGUUUGUGAUUUGUUAGCCAAACGAACCCGACACCUCGAGCUGGCCGAAAAAAACGGUUGCUCUGAUGCACCUUUCCAAAAGACAUGGUUUGAGAUAAGAGAAGAUCUACAACAAUGGUUCGACAGGCGCCCCCCAGAGAUGCUUUCGGUGGAGGAAGUUGAUCGAUCGCCGGAAACCGAGUACUUUCCACGCAUCCUCUUUGCGCAUUCUGCUGCGAUAUCAGGAAACCAACUUUACCACACAGCCUGCAUCCUGAUGAGCGAGAUUCAACCCUCACAAGUUGACGAUGGCAUUCUAGGAGAUUCCCAUACUAUCUUUUGGCAUGCACGUCGGGUCGUGGGUAUCUCGCUGACCAAUCCUCACCGUGGAUGCCUCAACAACGCAAUUCAACCUCUAUAUGUAGCAGGGAAGGUUUUCACUCACAGAGACGAGCACAAAAUCAUCAUUGGGCUACUCCACCAUAUUGAAACAUGCUCAGGAUGGGGUUCCAAAUGGCGAAUCAAAGAUCUGGAACACUUCUGGGGUUAUUCCCCUGGGCGUAGUAUCUCACUUGUCCGUUCUUGUUGA